GUAGUAGUAACGGUGUCGCCGUCAGGGUAGGAACGAAUCAAGGAAAUAAGGAAAUUGUCAAUUUUACAGUUCAUCUUUUCCCUAGUCAAGGAAAGAAAUUAGCUUUCACAUUUACGCAGGCAGUAGUAAUACUAAUACAUCAUCACCAAUACUUAGCGUCAAGACCCAGUUUAGGUCUGCUCAAUUUCUUUAUAAUCUCUCUCUCCCCUCUCUCUCUUCAUCUUCCCCCGAGCUUUGUCUGCUUCAAAACUCCAAAUUACUGUCAUCCCCUCCACUUUCUAUAUUCUUCAGGGUUGCUCCAGGUCCAGGGGUCAAUUGUCGGCAAGGGUUAGGUCAGUUUUAGCUUUGGCGCUAGGGAUUGAUCGGAGGGUUUGAUCAGCUCGACUUGGUUGUCGGAAAUGCAGGACGACGACUUGGUAGAGCUCAAGUUCCGAUUGUAUGAUGGCACAGACAUCGGUCCGUUUCGAUACUCACAGGCUUCAACUGUUGCCAUGCUCAAGGAGAGGGUUGUUGCAGAGUGGCCCAAAGAUAAGAAGAUUGCCCCGAAGGCAGCAAAUGAUGUGAAAUUGAUUAAUGCUGGGAAAAUUUUGGAGAAUAGUAAAAGUGUUGGCCAGUGCAGGAUGCCCUUUGGUGAGCUUCAAAUUGGUGUCAUCACGAUGCAUGUUGUUGUACAACCAUCAUUAGUAAAAGCAAAAACAGAAAAAAAGGUUGAUGAUCAGGAGGUAGCAAGAAAAACUUCAUGUGGCUGUUCCAUACUCUAAGUAAGAAGAAAAGGGUGAUUGGAAAUCUGCCUCUGAUAAUAUCCCUGUGGGUAGUGGGGGUAAAGAUAGCUCAUUUUGUCUUCUUGGUGGUUGGAAAUGCAGUUGCUUCUACGUGGUGUUGUGUUGUACCAUUAUAUGUAUUAUUGACAGUUAUUGUUAGUUUACUUACUCCAUGAUUGUAUUUGGAUUUUUCUCUUCAUGUUCUUGUACAUUGGUUGAGGCCAUCUAUCAUCAAUAUCAUACAUAUAUUAUUGACCA